AUGCCCGCCAACGAUGACAAAUAUACCGACCCCGAACUGCGGGAACAGGUCAAAGAAGAAGUCAAACAGAGUGAUAAGGGCGGAAAGCCUGGACAGUGGUCUGCUAGGAAGGCCCAGUUUAUGGCGUCCGAAUACAAAAAGCGCGGUGGAGAUUAUACUACUUCGAAGGAGGAGGGACAAGAUGAAUCUCAGAAGAGUCUGGAACAGUGGGGCAAGGAAGAGUGGCAGACGAAAGAGGGAUCAGGCACGGCUAAACAGGAGGAUGGGACGAGGAAGCGAUACUUGCCGAAAAAAGCAUGGGAGAAGAUGAGUGAGAAGGAGAAGGAGGAGACCGAGAAGAAGAAACAGAAGGGAUCUAAGAAAGGCAAGCAGUUUGUUUCUAACACCAGUAAGGCAAAGAGGGAGAGGAAGCAGGCUGCGGAAGAAAGUCGGGAUGAGGAUCAACAGGAGUCUGAAGGUGAAGAAUCUGGAUCAGAUGAAGCUGAGCCUGAAGAAUCGGACGGAUCUGGGGAAGUUGAUGGAAACGAUAUCGAAGAAGAACAAGUGGGAGAGGGAGAGGGAGAGGAAAACGAGAACGAGGGGGAGAAGCAAAAUGGAGAGUCUGAAGAUCAGGAUGGCCACAAAACAGAGGCUGGCAAUAAGCGCACUGCAAGCCAGGAGGAGGGAGCAAAUAAGAAACCCAGGACACGCCAGGACAGUAAAGCAGAACGUGAGCAGGAAGAAUAG